AUGGCGUCGUCUACGUGGGCCGGGGAUGGCUCAUAUACUACAGGGAGCCGUCGCAAGAAGGCAUAUGAGUGGCUGAAGGCAGCAAAUGAGCUGGGUCAGACAUACACGUCACGGUGGACGGGGCAGGGAACCAGUAACCAGGAGGACUAUUAUCAUACCCCCGGCGCAUUUCCGGAUGUUGAGAUAGCUCGUUCUGGAGAUGAGGAGAUGGUCCUAUUCCCUAGCUACGCAAGGACAUUGACGCCGAAAAAGAAGGAUGCUGGCUUGCGCCCGCGCCGGGAUUCAUGGACGGAGACCAUUGAUGACUAUCGGGGUACUUCCGAGAGGGAUGACUUUACAUCUCGCUGGGAUGAAUCUGAAAUGGAGAAUGCGGUGGUGGAGGUUGAUGUCCGUGGAUGGAUUUAUGCCCCAAACCGAGGACCGAUGAACCGCAAGCAUCGCCUGAUGAUUAAGUUAGCCAGGACAUUGAGCGGAAUUCCGACUCCAUCCGGCGCUGCCAGUGAUGAGAGCUCUGACAGGGUUUUAGGCAAAGGCGAGGACGAGGAUGUUGACAAGCAGAUGCAGACUCUAGUCAGCAAAGCGGAGCAGGACGCUGACCCGGCUUGGAAGAUCUCUAACGCAGAUCGCAACCGGACAGAUUCAGGCCAGCCUGCAACAAUGACCAAAGACCAGAUUUCCAUGGCCAAUGCGCAUCUCAUGGAGCGAUUGCGUCCAUUCUUGACGAAUCCUAUGGCUGGGAUGCCUGUGACCGUGUUCUUUUUCGAUGACGAACAGAGUGAGUCUCGGAAUAUGAUGACAGACGAGUCUGGCCAUUUUAAUAUUCGUGCUCCAUUGAAAUUCGUACCCACUCACAUUCGAGUGCUUGCGUCUGAAGAUCUGUCUGCCGCAAAGGCAAUCGAAAUCAUCGAGCCGGUGGGCAUCAGCUUGAUCAGUGACAUCGACGAUACUGUCAAGCACUCAGCUAUUGCCAGUGGAGCGAAGGAGAUGUUUCGGAACACCUUUGUUCGUGAGCUAGCUGAACUGAAAGUCGGGGGAGUCGAUGAGUGGUAUACGCAAGUAGCCAAGAAGGGCGUGAAAUUGCACUACGUCUCCAAUGCUCCCUGGCAGCUGUAUCCGCUAUUGGAUAGAUAUUUUAAGCUUGCGGGUCUACCACCAGGAUCUUUCCAUCUCAAGCAAUAUUCAGGCAUGUUGCAAGGAAUAUUCGAGCCAACAGCCGAGAGAAAAAGAGGGAAUUUGGAGCAGAUCCUCCGCGACUUUCCUGAGCGCAAAUUUAUCUUGGUUGGUGAUAGUGGAGAGGCUGAUCUGGAGGUCUAUACCGAUAUUGCUCUGGCUAAUCGUGGUCGGAUUAUGGGAAUCUUCAUUCGAGACGUUACGACACCAGAGAAGAAGCCCUUCUUUGACAAUUCAAUUAGUCACCUAGAGGGGCCUGAUGUUCGCAGUCGCAGCACUCCGCAGCUCGUGGGCUCGGAUUCUCCCCCGAGAAGGCCAAGCCUGCCACCUCGUCGGCCCGUGCCAACUCCGCCGGAAAGAGAGGCGAAUAGUGUCCCUGUCGGAGAUUUGAUUGAUCUAGGAGAUGACGAUACCAUUGAGUCCGCAAAACCGAGCCCAACGACGAAACCACGAAUGCCUCCAACCAAGCCGAGCAAACCGUCAUCACUCCGGACUGAUACAUUGAAUAAUCCACGCCAGCCUUCUCAGGAAUCAAUUCGUCGAAAGGCAGUGCCCCCGUUGCCACCUCGGGGGGCAACAGCCGGAAAAGACUCGCUGGUUGAUCUUGGCCCGUCCCCGUCUAUAUCUCGUACUCAAACCCAACCGCUGCUGGAAGACAAGAGUCAGCCCUCAGCACAAUCAUCUCGCUCUAAAAUACCACCACCUCUCCCGCCACCGCGGCGCACAAAUACCGCAUCGUCGGCUACCAGCUCUGCAUCUAGCACGCCCGCUCCACGGGCUGCACCUGCAGUCCCGGCGAACAAGCCAUCAUACCCAGCAUCUGCCGCUCAAAAUGCCUUGGCAUAUGCUACUGAACGACUCAAUCUAUCUCCUUCACCAUCAGCUGGACUACGGCAAUCAGCAUCUAACCAAUCCCUGCCUCGACAGUCGACCAAUGGUUAUAACAGCUACAGCGGUAGCGACUCUAGCAUGCCACCCGCGCCUCUGCCCAAUAAACGUGAAGAACUCUGGCGGCGCCGUUGGGAGCGUGCCAGCGAAAUACUUGAGAGCCAUGGUGUUGUGCUAGGCAGUUGGCGUGUUGGCAGUGAUGCACAACCGGUUUGCAUGUGGUUAAUUGAGGAGGCUUUGAAGGAGAUCAAGGCCAAUGGUGCUGGACGCCGAUCAUAG